UACGUUUCACAGCUUCAUUCGCCUGCAAGUUGCAAAAGUUGUUGUAUAGGUAUUUGUUGAAACAUACUGACAUUAGAUAGCGAAUUAAAUUCCUAACACUGAAUUAUCGAUAACAAGGUAUCACUAAAUACGCAUUAAAAACUACACUAACCAGUUGCUUAAAUCUAGAAAUUCCUCAUUGAAUACGAAGUGUUUCGAAAUAAAAACUAGCAAUGUCCGCACCUUUAGUGUAUCUAACGCGAAAGGAGUGCUUCAGUGCUUGUCAUCGUUUGCAUAGCCCUUUUCUAAGCGAGGAAGCCAACCGUCAAGUGUAUGGAAAGUGCAAUAACCCGAACGGACAUGGUCACAACUAUACGGUCGAGGUCACCGUUCGGGGACCGGUUGAUCCCAAGACCGGAAUGGUCAUGAACAUCACGGAUUUGAAGCAAUACAUGGACCAGACGAUCAUGAGGAAAUUAGACCAUCUUAAUCUGGAUAAAGACGUUCCCUAUUUUAAGAAUUUGGCCAGCACCACAGAGAACGUGGCCAUCUUCAUCUGGGACAGCCUGAAGCUCGUUAUGCCCAAACCAGACCUACUGUACGAGGUGAAGAUCUACGAAACGGACAAGAACUCGGUCAUCUACCGGGGUCAGAAGUUUGAUGCCAAUCAUCACUACCACAACAACGAUCUGAGCUCCAACGAUAACGUUUGCUCGACGAAUCUUUCGUCCGAUUCGGAUAGUUAGGUCUCGAACAACGGAUACGGUAUUAAUUAGGCGUUGACAACUAUCGACGCCGGUUGCAAAGCACGAAAUAUUGAUGUUGAAAUUGUAAACUGAAAACUAAAUUGGAAAAGUGAUUUAGACGACUCGGACUGUCGAAAUAAACGUGAUGCAUUUUGUGUUCGUA